CACGACAUCCACGAAACCCCAACUCUGAGUUAAACGAUGUCUCUCUUCAUCCUUGCACUGUGCGUGUGCACGGCCACAAUGACCUAUGCCUCUACGGCUGAUGACUGGUGCUACACUGGCUGUGAUCACACGCCAACAAAGUGGCCCGAAUUGGCAGGGACCUACUGUGGGGGCCACAGGCAGUCCCCCAUCAACAUCGCCAGCAGCGGCGCAGUCACCGACCCAGAGCUCCACGCCUUCACCUUCACCAACUUCACCGCCCAACACGCUCUGGGCAUGCUGGUCAACAACGGGCACACAGUGAAGGGCAAGGUGGUGCCGGGGCAUCUGGAGGUCAGCGGCGGGGGUUUGAACCACACCUACGAGGUCCUGCAGUUCCAUCUCCACUGGGGCGACACCGAGCUCCACCCCGGCUCCGAGCACAUGCUGAACGACCAUCGCUACCCCAUGGAGAUGCACAUUGUGUGCCAGAAGAAAGGUCUGAACCAAAGCCAGGCCCUGAUGGACCCCACAGGCUUCGCCGUGCUCGCCUUCUUCAUUAGCGCCACAGAAGAGGGCCCGCAGAAACCUUGGGAAGAUCUCACAUCCUACCUGGGAAACAUCACCUCUGCCGGUUCCGAGGUGAACGUCAGCCACAGCCUCUCCAUCAGCGACCUACUUGGCGAGGUGAACCGCACCAAGUUCUACCGCUACACGGGUUCCCUGACCACCCCCGGCUGUCAGGAGGCAGUGAUCUGGACCGUCUUCCAGGAGCCCAUCCUGGUGCACACUGACCUGAUCAAACUCUUUCCGUCAAAGGCUCACCUGAGCAACCUCUACAGGCCGAUCCAGGAGCUUCAUGGACGCCACGUCUAUGCCUCUCCGGCCGCUACUGUGGGUGGACAAGAACACGCGUGGUGCUACGACAGUCACUGUCACUUCAGCCCAGACCUCUGGAGCACUCUGCCAGAGGCCUUUUGUGGAGGUAAGCAGCAGUCCCCGGUGGACAUCGAUUCCAAAGAGGUUAAGGAGAACUCAUCGCUGGAAGACUUCACCUUCACACACUUUGACGACAAGAAGGCCUUGAAAUACGUGACCAACACCGGCCACACAGUGAAGUUUGUGCUGAACGAUGGCGUGGAGUUGUCCAGGGGGGGUCUCGGUCACGUCUACUCCGCCCUGCAGUUCCACUUCCACUGGGGGGAUGAGUCGGACCACCCCAAGGGCUCCGAGCACAUGGUCGACUCCGUCAGGUAUCCCAUGGAGAUGCACAUUGUGCACAAGAGGAAGGAUCUGAGCAUUGAGGAAGCAAAGGCCACCAAGGACGGACUGGCCGUAUUGGGGUUCUUCAUCGAGGCCACAGAUGGAGGCAAGGGGAAAAAUGCUGGGACAGAAAGUGACCAUGCCUCAGGCACCUCAUCCACUACCGACUACUGGACCAAGCUAACCUCUUACCUGCCGGCCGUACAGACCGUCGGCAGUAACACGAGUGUCACCGAGGACAUGUCUCUGGACGACCUGCUGGGGGACGUCGACCGCUCCUCCUUCUACCGCUACAUGGGCUCGCUGACCACGCCCACCUGCAACGAGGCCGUGGUCUGGACCGUCUUCAAACAGCCAAUCAAGAUCGACAAGAAGCUGAUGGACGCCUUCCCUCUGGAGAUGGGCUACAAGCAGGUCUACCGCCCCGCUCAGGCCCUGGGCAGCAGGGCCGUUACCACCCGGUCCUCCUCCUCUUUUGCUCCAGCACCCAGCUGCACCGCCACGCUCCUCCUCCUCCUCCUCAGCCUCCUCGGACCGCUGAGCGCCACCGUCUAACCUACAUCUCCUCCUCCACCUCCUUACAACCACCUCCUCCUCCUAACCUCCACCGCCUUACCUCCACCCUCUCCUCCUAACCUCCACCUCCUCCUCCAACGCCUUACCUCCUCCUCCUCCUCCACUGCCUAACCUCCUCCUCCUCCUAACCUCCACCUCCUCCUCCUAACCUCCACCUCCUCCUCCAACGCCUUACCUCCUCCUAACCUCCUCCUAACCUCCACCUCCUCCACCAACGCCUAACCUCCUCCUCCUCCUCCUCCUCCUCUUCCUCCACUGCCUCCCUCCUCCUCCUAACCUUAUGGAGAUAAGUCUUUAAUUGGCUACAGUGUGUUCAAUUAUAUUUAAUACAUAUAAAUACAUUUAUUUUUGACACAUCGAUAUAUAUAUUUAUUGUUGUUCAAUGAUUCAAUUGAUUGGCUCUUUGUCGUUCUGCAUGCAUGCCUGCAUGCACGUGUUUUGGUGUUUGGAUGUCACUGCACUUUAACCUCUCAGGUUCGUCUGCUUAAAAGGAAAAUGAAAAUCCUAGUUUGGUCAUCGUCUUGUUGUGUGUUCUUGGCCAAGCUUGUAAAAGAACCCCAGCCUCACCUGUACAGCCGCUCAGACCGCUGCACCCUGUCAUGUACUCUCAUCUCUGAAUGAAGCAAGAAUACCUUUCAACAUC